CUUCCCCACUUCCCACACUCAUCUUCUCCAUCUUUGCUACUUCUAUUAGAAACCGCUACACUACCCACCAUCUUCUCUCUCUCUCUCUCUCUCUCUCACGAAGCCCAUCUCCAUCCAACUUGCUUUCUCCUCUGCAACAUUCUCAUAAAAAAUGGCUGAUGAAACCGCCACAACCACCCUUCCACCGGCAGACCAGCCGCCCGUCUCGGUGGUUGAGUCUGACUCGCCUUCUAUACCCGAAAAGCUCGAGACUUUAGAAGACCCACUUCCAGAAGUGACAGAGUCCCCCAUAGAAGAAGAGCCACCGCUAGCGCUACCUCAGCAGCCUCCUAUAGACACGGCUAAGUCCGCGGACGUUUUAGUUGUUGGGUCUCUGCAAGCUAAGGAGGGUGGGGAGCCAACGAUUCGGAAAUCAGUUCCACAGUCUCUGGUUUCAUUCAAAGAGGAAAGCAACAUAGUUGCAGAUCUCUCAGAUUCCGAGAGGAAAGCUCUUUUAGAGUUUAAGCAGCUUGUUCAGGAAGCUCUCAACACUCACCAGUUCACUUCCCCAAAACAAGAAGUGCAAGAGACUAAGGAGAAACCAACUCCCAAAACUGAAGAAGACACCGCUGUUUCGGAAUCCGAAACGAAGCCGCUUCAUGAGCCCAAGAUCGAGGAGAACCCAGUGAAGGAAGCAGAGGAAGUAGCUAAGGAAACUUCCUUGGCUAAGCAAUCUCCAGAGGAGGUUUCGAUUUGGGGUGUUCCACUGCUGAAGGAUGACAGGAGCGAUGUGAUUCUUCUCAAGUUUCUGAGGGCUAGGGACUUCAAGGUGAAGGAUGCUUUUAUUAUGCUCAGGAACACGAUCCACUGGAGGAAGCAGUUCGGGAUCGAUGCUCUUGUGGAGGAAGAUCUUGGUGAUGAUCUAGAGAAAGUGGUGUUUAUGCAUGGUUAUGAUAGGGAGGGCCACCCUGUGUGUUACAAUGUGUUUGGUGAGUUUCAGAACAAGGAGCUGUAUCAGAAGACGUUUUUGGAUGAGGAAAAGAGGACCAAGUUUCUCCGGUGGCGGGUUCAGUUCUUGGAGAGAAGUAUUAGGAAGCUGGAUUUCAGGCCUGGUGGUGUUUGCACUAUUUUUCAAGUUAAUGAUUUGAAGAAUUCUCCUGGCCCUGCGAAGAGUGAGCUUCGUUUGGCCACCAAACAAGCCCUUCAGUUGCUUCAGGACAAUUAUCCUGAGUUUGUAGCCAAACAGGUGUUUAUCAAUGCUCCAUGGUGGUAUCUUGCGUUCUACACGUUGAUCAGUCCCUUCUUGACACAGAGGACGAAAAGCAAGUUUGUGUUUGCAGGCCCAGCCAAAUCAGCAGAUACCCUUUUCAGGUAUAUUUCUGCUGAGCAUGUUCCUAUACAAUAUGGAGGUUUGAGUGUGGAUUAUUGUGAGUGCAACCCUGAAUUCACGAUUGCUGAUCCCGUCGCUGAAGUAACCAUCAAACCUGGAACAAAGAAGACUGUGGAAAUAAUAAUUUAUGAGAAGUGCACCAUUGUUUGGGAACUCCGUGUAGUUGGCUGGGAGGUGAACUACGGAGCUGAAUUUGUUCCCGACUCUCAAGGUGCAUACACUCUGAUAAUUCAAAAACCCACAAAGAUCAGCCCAAAUGAUGAACCCGUGAUGCAUCACCGCUUCAAAGUCAGCGAACUGGGUAAAAUAUUGCUCACCAUUGACAACCCAUCCUCAAAGAAGAAAAGGCUUCUGUACAGGUUCAAGAUCGAACCCUCUGAUUAACUAAGCAUUCAAAGUAUUUGUGCACUUUGGACAUUGAUUGUGCAUUGAGAAGUGAAAUUGAAGAGGGAGGUGUUUGAUAUCAUAUAAGUAGAUGACCAUCUUCAUUCUAUUGUGUUCUGUAAAGGUUCUUCAAGUUAAAGGCUUAGAGCUAUUACUUUUAAUUCUGCAAAUUAAGUUUCUUGUUGAUGUGUUGUGCGGUUUAGUACAUUAGUGCUUGCUUUCCAGGCGAUGAGCAACGCUGGCUGGAGGUGCAGAGUGGUUGAAUUUUGGUCUGCGUCAUGCGUUUAUACUGUAAAACAAAACUACAGUUAUUUUAUAUGAAAGCCAGCAAAUUUGUGGACUGUGUA